AUGCCAGAGUUCCACCCUUUUGGUGGAAGGGUGAGCAGGCAUUUUGGAGAUCACCUGAGUCCAGAUGAUGCGUAUCUGAGCUACCACGACGUGCGGUUAACGAAACUCGAUGUCGACGCAAUACGAGAUGAUUGGUUGACCGACAACGACAUUGCCUUUUGGCAGGAAUAUCUCGAACAUGAAAAGCUGAAGAAGUAUCCACGCGCAAACAUCGUGCUCUUGCGCCCUUCGAUGUGUUUUAUGCUUCUUCAAACACGAGACCCCUUGAGUCUCAAGUCAGCUCUUCCCGAUUUCUCAAAAACCACGCACAUCUUCCUCCCGGUGAAUGAUGCUACAUCCGUUACCAUAGCAGAGAGUGGAUCUCACUGGUCUCUGUUACUUGUUUCCGAGAUUGAUGGAGUUGCUUUCCACUACGACUCACUAGGUGGGGACAAUAACGCGCCUGCGCAUAACGUAUGUCAGAAACUGUCAAUCCUUCUAGGCAAACACUUGAGAUUUGUAAGCAUGCGGGACACCCCUCAGCAAGAGAAUGGAAGCGACUGCGGCGUCUUUGUGUGCAUGAUCAUGGAGAAGCUCUUGCUGGACAAGUUGCUGCAGGCGGAUAGUACGGACAAGAUCUCCAUGAGCUUGCGAAACGAACAUUUCGAUGCGAAAGAAGGGAGAAAGAGGAUGUUACGGACUAUUGAAAUGUUCCGAAAAGAGGGCGAGAGGCGAAGAAGCAUGAGCAGAGACCGUUCCAGGAGUAAGGAUCCACCACGCAUUGGGGAUGAGAACGAACGUACCAAGAUGGCCCGCUGA